AUGCCUCGUGUUACUCGCGCCGCGCUGCGCUCUAUGGAGCAACAGGAUGAAUCAGAUGUCGCAUCCUCAACACCUUUACCACAGACACCGAUUAAAGGUCGUGUCCCUCUUGGUGAAAUUGCGGGCAACAAAGGUACCGAAGGCGAAGAGACCAACACUUCUGAAGAACAAGUGGCGCCAGCGAAGAAGGGAAAUGGGAAAGGAAAGAAAGGAAAUACUGCAAAGAAAAUUAAUGAACAAAUGAGGGAGGAGGCUGAAGAAGUGCGUGUUGAGGUCUUGGAAGAUGAGGACCAGAGCAUACACAGCUCUGCAGCCAAAGAAGCUUGCCGAGAUCUCUUGCAGGAUGGCUCCCAGAAUACACACGAAAUUGUUAUCGAUAAUGACCGACCACAGACCCCACCGUCCGCUGCCGCCAACACAGCUAGCCGACAAUUGUCACCAAAACCUACAACACCACACUUCGAUUCUGAAAUGCAGAAACUUGAUGAUAUGACAAUGCCGGAGAGCAAUGAAGAGAAAGAAGACUCCUUUGUAGCAAAAAUUGAGUCUCGAACACCUCUCAAGAUGACAACCAGUGAGGAAAUGGAUAUGCUGCCAACCGAGGAUUACAACCAAGAUGAUUCGUUUGUGGAGCAGAUUAGGACUCGGACUCCUGGCAAACGCAUGUCACGUAUCGAAGACUCCGUUGAAGCCUUAGAUGCUCUUGAGGAAGAGAUCGAAAAGGUUGGGGGAUUGAUCCCUGCAAGCACCGACGGCGUACAGUCCCUCAAAUCGAAGAAGCAAGCAAAGGCUCGGUCGACUACUAUGGAGAAGAAAGUUAGCGGUUCGGUAAGAAUGAAGAAGGGCACAGGUGUCCAAAAGAAAAUCGCAACGGGGAGACCAAGCACAGCUGCCGGGCGAGCGACGUCAGAUCCAUCGGCUGGAGCCCCCAACACGAAAGCACGAUCGAGCGCGAGUCUUACCGAAGAGAAGCCUGGAGUCACACUCCCGAAUCCUGCUUCUGCUCGGAGGAUGGGCCAGCCCACGCCCCAAGCUACCUUGAAGAAACGUAUCAGCUCCGUCCACAAAGCACCCUUUCAGCCCCACAAAUCUACGAAGCCGCCUACUCGCUCCAACUUUGAGCUUCCUGGGGAUGCGUUUGCACGUAAACUUAAAGAGCAACGCGAGGAGCGGUUGAAGCGCGAAGAGGCAGAGGUACCCAAGCCACGAGUGUUCAAGGCUCGUCCUGUACGUAUUAGCCAUGCGCCUGAGGUCAAACUCACAGCAGCAACCAAGGCUCGCCUCAGCAUGGCAAAAGGAGAGCCAGUCAGUGUCCGUGAACCCAGCAAUGGCGGCGCCAAAUCUAGGCCUGUCACGCGUCCUAGUGCCAUGGCUACCGCCAGUCCAUCCAAACGCCUUUCGACACUUUCAGUCGCCAAAAAUUCUACCCAACCCACAGCCAACGGCUCGACACAGCCAUCCGCCAAUGGCUCCACUCGCCUUGCCCGCGGUCCGUCUCUUAACCCCUCGAUCACCGCUCGCGCUCCCAGUGCACUGGGUGCAAAUCGUCCGGCGCUCACCGCAGACGAAAGUGCGCACCAGAAGCUGAAGGGCAGAGAGGUCUUUGGCAGAACUAAAGUCGAGAUCAUGGAACGUGAGAAAGCGAAAAGGGAGAAAGAGGAUGCAGCAAGGAAGGCGAGAGCUGAUGCAGCGGAACGUGGUAGGAUAGCAAGUCGGGAAUGGGCUGAGAAGCAGAAAGCGAGGAAGUUGGAAGCGGGAAAGGCGAACGAACAGGGAAAGGCUGUGGGAGCUUGA